AAGGUCAUCUUUCUUGCAUCCAUGCACAGUCUUCCUGCUCUCAGCUAUUGUUCACUUGUCAUCAUGUUGGCUCACUUGUGUUUAGGUCUGCUGGCUCUCUGCUCUCUGACUGCUGCGUCAGAUCCCACCUGUGAGGAGCUCACAGCUCCUUUGGAGGAUCGCAGCCUGCUAUCUGGAAAAUGGAUUUUUACUCUUGGAACGUCAGACAAUGACCAUUUUAUGAAGGAAUUUGGAAAGGUCACUAGCUCCUGGGUUGCAUUUACACCCGUCCCCAACAGUGACACAUACAGCAUUAGAUGGAAGGACAAAGAAAUAACUGGAGAAUGCACCUCUGAAAAUUUGACUUCAACCUUUACUAGCGCUACAGCAGUUGUGUCCCAGUUUAGCACACCUGAUACAGAACAUUCUGAGCAACACCUAAAGUCGUGCCCUGACUGCCUCUUCGUCGUCGACGACAUUACAGUGAAGAUUCCUGGAGGGGAACCCAUUAAAGGCAGAUACCUGUACUUGUUAACAAAGACCGGAACACUUGAUCCCGCCCACCUGGAGGUUGUCAAGAAGCAGAUCGCAUGCCUCAAUUUCACUAAAGGUUUAUACUUUUCAAACACCACAGAUCUGUGUCCAUAAAAAGGUCAACAUUAGAACAAAACUUCCUAGCGACGAAGACUGACAGUCACCUUCACAUCACGUUUAUCCUCAGACUUCCUGCAUGAAACACUGCAAACAAUAACCACAGAUGUGUGUUGUAUGCAGACUAUACUCUGAUAUGACCAGUUCUAUAUGUUCUGUUAUGUGUUUCUUGGUUGCAACUCAUUAAAAAGACAAACUGA